CAGCGUAGUCUACAAGUUACCGAGUCCACACCUCCAGAAACAAAGAUGGAUGACAAAGAGAAACAACAGAAGAAGCCGACACAGACAGAAAAACAAACAACAACCAAAAGUAAAAAGAAAGAGACCGAGGACUCCAGAAUUAACAUGAAGGUAACGGCAGAGCUGGAGGGUUUCGGAGUCGCAGUGUGUACCAACAACAGUGUCCUAACCAAUAUCCGAAUCAACGGAAUAUCAGCGGGAGUUGUGUUACAGGACAGUAAGACUAGUGUGACCUCUGAACUAAGGGAGGUUACUGUGUAUGACAUCAACCCUAACACAAAAUACCCAAAGGUGAUGGAGAUACAGGGUGAUGCGGUGUUGAAGCUGGCGCUGACGAUUUACAAUGACGCGACAGAGGGAGAUAACUACUCUGACAUGUCGUGUGUCGAUACUAGCGUCGACGUUCAGCUUGGAUGUAUCAGAGCUGUGUUCCUCAUGAGAUUUGUCAAUGACCUUCUGGAUUACCUGACUGGUUUCCAAGUGGAGGAGUUGGAGAGUCAGAUUGAAGCGGCGAGGGACAGAGUCCGCGAGGCGUCCGAGGCAGUGGCAGAGAGCGCUAGGGGUGCGGUAGCCAGGCUCGCGGAGAAAUCGCCACGCGUGUCUAUCAGGGUCGGGAUGAGUGCCCCAGUCAUUAUUGUACCUCAGAGGUCAGACUCCCUCAAGGUGCUGAUGGUGGACUUUGGACAUUUGGAGGUCGGGAAUUCGUUCAGUCCAGUGAAGACCAAGGCUGAUAUCCCGGCCGUUCUGGACUCCAUGAAGAUCUGUCUGAAGUCACUUAAAAUUGCAAGAGCUGAGCUGAACGAGAGCAAAGCAGUAGUGGGUCAGUGUUUAAUAUUAGAACCAGUCAACAUAACUCUAUCAGUGACACGGAAUCUGGCAUUUGGUUGGUACAAAGAAAUCCCCGCAGUGGACCUCAGCGGACAGCUAGAGAGUAUAUCUGCCACCGUGAGUCAGGGUGACUACAAGGUAAUAUUGACCUUACUGAAUGACAACCUGUCAGAGGGUCAGAAGUCAGAGAGUGUUGCUAAGCAACCAAAGGUCAAGGACACAGAACUGACACAAGCAGAGAGUCCCCCAACACAGCAGGAGGAGGCUACAGUUGCUGGUUCCCCGUCCAUCACAGUUACUCCCCCUGAGCAGUCCGAUUCCUUCAAACUCCACACACAGCUCAAGUUUGAGUUCCAGAUCACAACACUGUCUGCCACUCUCUACACAGGGGAGAGCAAUCUGACAAAAGAUGGAGAAAACUCCAGGUCAGCUGAUAAUGCCCUAGGUCAGUUCAUGCUGGAGGUCAUCAGGGUUGAUGGUCAAAUGAAGAGUGAUGGCUCCAUGACAACCAAGGUCAUCCUCAAGGACACUGUACUGGAUGACAAAAGGAAGGAGAAACAAGAAAAAGCAGGAGUCAACAGUUCACAAGGUGCCAUCAGGAUGAUAGAGAGGUUUACAGGGGAAGGGAAGCAGGAGAAUAUGAUAGAUGUAAACUUCACCCAGGAACCCAACCAAGAUAAGGACAUACAAGUGAAGAUAUCCAGUAUCAGGGUGGUAGCCUGUCUGGACUUCCUGCUGCCCCUUGGUGACUUUUUCACCAGUGGACUACCAGACUCACAGCCAACAGCUCAGACUCAAACACAAACACAGAGUAAAGCUUUGAUCCCAGCUAAAGCCCCGCCUCCUCCUACCAGUGAAAUGUCAAUCAUCGUUACCAUGGAGAAACCAGAAAUCAUUCUGAUUGAAGAUCAAAUGGAUCCCACGUCUAAUGCUCUCUUGCUCAGUAUGGAGUUGUUAUUCAGAAUGAGGGUAACCCCGGAGACCCAGGAUAUGUCGGCGAGUGUCAGUAAUCUACAGAUUGCAUCGGCUAUCUUCAACGAGAGGGAAAAACGCAAAGCCCAGAUCCUGAACCCUUGUGAUAUCUCGUUCUACAGUAAAGCACCCCAGGGCAAGGCUCCUCACAUGGAUAUCUCGACAUCAGACCUCAUACUCAACAUAUCCCCUCGCACAAUACGCACCAUCACUCUGAUAUCUGUCAGUCUGUCCAAGCAAGGCACAACGGAAGAAGAAAAGGCCAAGACAAAGAUCCCAGCAGAUUUGUGGGGAGUAAAGAAAGUGUCGGACUGUAAAUUCUGGUUCCUUAAGGAGGCCCAAGUCAUAGAGCCUGGGAUCAUUGAGGACGUGACUCCAGUCCUAGACCUAGAGGAGCAGGAGCAGGCCAGAGGAGAACAGGUUCAUUCAGAAAUGCUUAUCAUGAAGAUCCCUAACAUCGUAGUGAAGUUAGAGGGCGGGGUUGGUAAGAGAACUGUACCCCUACUGAUUGCUGAGAUGUCAUUUGAUGCCCAGGUCAAAGACUGGAGUUCAAAGCUUGAGGUGGAAAGUAACAUGAAGUUAGAGGUAGCCUUCUACAAUGAGAAGUUGUCUGUCUGGGAAUCCCUUGUAGAACCUGUGACAGAGAAUGGGAAACUGAAGAAAUGGGACCUUGGUUUACAGGUGCUGAAGAAUGAUGAACUUGUUCCUGAGGAGGAAGAUGAGGAUGAGGAAUCUAAGAACAUUGUGUUACCUCCUCCCAAGAUGUCUAUCAACAUCAAGUCUAACGAUCCAAUGGAAGUCACCGUAACAAAAACCUGUCUGGAGGUCCUCAAUAAUUUAGCUAAGGCUUUUGGAGAUGCAUACAAACUGGUGACUCCAGCAGAAGAGGCAGGAAAAGUUCUCUCCCCUUACGUCAUAAACAACCACACAGGGAUUACUGUCACUCUGAAACUGGACAAGGAUUUUGAGAUGCCGGAGGAAGCUAAGAAUGAUAAACUAAUGCUGGAGUCAGGGAAUUCCCUCCCACUAUACGGCAGGAAGAAGGCGGUCCUCAAACGCCAGGCCUCCGUCAUCAAGGCCACGCAGGAAGGCGACGAGAAAAAGUUCAUAUUCCAGAUUGAAAAAUUCAAUGCUACAAGAGAGGUAACUAUCAAGCGAACAGAGAAUCGUUACUAUCCAGUCAACCAUAAGACUUACCCUGGGGACGUGUGGGCUGUGGUCUGUAGUACCGAGGCUCCCAUUGGUCAGAAAAUCAUCAAUCUACGCUCCAUCGUACAGAUGAAGAACAAUUUGCCUCACGCUGUGGAGAUAUUUUCCCGUGCUGAGAAGACUGAGACAUCGUGUGGUACAGUACAGCCGGGGGAUGUGUUUAACGUCCCUCUCCCCGCAGUAUACACGCCCGACGGACAGUUCCUACUCAAACCAAUUGUCAAAGAUUGUGAUACAUCUAAAGUCCCGAUAUCAUGGAGGACAGCUGAGGCCAAUCCUAAGGUUUAUGUACCCUGUCCUUUCAAAAAUGGAUCAGACUACAUUAUCAGUGUGAGGUCGGAGGUAAUUAACGUUUACUAUGAUGAGACUAACGAGCUGUCGGCUAAGACGUACUUGUUUCACCUGUCUCCUAGCAUUGUGUUCCACAACCUCCUCAACAUACCUGUCACCUUCCUUCUGGAGGGGAUGGAAUCAGAGGUUUCUCUUGGCAGGGGAGAGAGCAAACCUUUGCUUCAUGCCAUGCCAGGAAAAUCCCACAUAGAGGUCAGGAUACCCCUUUAUCAGGACUUGGAGUGGCAUGGGACACAACUCCUGUCUACCGAGUUUCCCGAGCUCUCCAUGUGGACGUUUAAUGCUGUUUUCAAAGGUCCCCAGAUGAUUUCAUUGAUUUUAGGACUCCACUGUAAAGAGAAUGAAGGAUCUCUAGACAUGUCUGUAUACAGUCCUUAUUGGAUGAUUAACAAAACAGGAAGGACUCUCAUGUACAAGGGGAGUGAUUCUGAUGAAGUUAUUGAACAUUCAUCAGAGAAACAAGAAGUGGCUUUUUUCUCCUUCAGACCGAAAACCUGCCUCGAGGGAAAGAAAAAGGAUGUUAAACCAGAGAAAGAAGGGAAGGCCAAGAAAAUUAAAGAAUGGCGACAAGUCGGUAAAGCCUCACUUAAGACUAUAGACACGGACUGGUCUGAUAAAUUCUCUCUGGACACGGUGGGGAGCUCUGGAACGGUCCAAUGUAAAACAAAGACCAGGACGUACGAGUUUGGAGUUAAGAUUCGCCUGUCAAGCUCUGGGUUGACUAAGAUCUGUACGUUUACCCCACUUUACAUGCUUCUGAAUACCUCAGAGGUGUCACUACUUUGUGCCGAGGUGACAAAAGAGGAGGAGUGGAUAGAAGUGCCUCCUAAAUCUUGUCUGCCAUUUUGGCCAGUGCAGUCUGGGAAGGAAAUGACGAUGAAGGCUAAAGUUAAAGAUUCAGCGUACAGUACGAUACCAUUCUUAUUCAACAAACCUCACACCACCCUGCUGAGAGUGGACGAGGAAGUAGGGGGGAUAAAUGCUGAAUGUCAGGUGACUGAGGCUGCCACGGUAACGACCUUGACCACAUACAAACCUGGCAUGGCGACUGUCCUCUUGGUCAACAGUACAGACAGCUGUCCUGUCAAGUUCAACCAAUGUGGAGAGAAGUCUGCCCACACCCUGAAUCCUAAUGAGGCCGUCCUGUACACCUGGGAAAACGCGGUCAAGAAGAGAGAGCUGGAGUGGAGUUCUGGGGAAGUCAAAAACCAGAAAACUAACCUCAUACAGGAUGGUACCGGGAGUUUCUUUAAGGACUCUGACACUAAGAUUUACUGGGUGUCAUUUCUGGAUGGACUUCAGAGAAUCCUGCUGUUUACAGAAGAUCUGGCUGUGGUGAUCAACGCUCAGGAGGCUGGAGAGCUGGAGAGAAUAGAACAAGAGAUUAACCUGUCUCUUCAGAGUGUGGGCGUGUCCCUGGUCAACGACAUGACGCAGACCGAGGUCGCCUUCCUGGGAAUCACAAGCUCUGGAGUAAUUUGGGAAGAGAAAAAGAAACGUUACAAAGCUCUCAAUCUGAAACUGACUACAGCACUGGAGACAGCGUACCAGAAAUACGUCACAGAUCUAGAGCUUGGGCACAGACCGCCAGAGAAGCUGGCCAUAGACAACAAAACAGAGGUUAACUUCCAAGAAAUGAGGAUGAUAAAACCACAGAACAGAGGGAUCCGAAGAAGUUUCCAAGACGGGGUGUGGAUCCAAUACAAAACCUCCCCACAUCAACUUCAGAUCCAUGCCAAAAUCAACAGACUUCAGUUGGAUAACCAGACCAGUGGAUAUGUGUUCCCUACUGUCCUGGCUCCUAUUCCUCCCCCAAAAUCUGUGGCCUCAGACAGCGUUCCCAAGCCUUUUGCUGAAGUCAGCAUUAUGUCCAGAAAACAUGAACACAGCAACAUGUUACAGUUCAAAUACUUCAAAGUCCUGGUACAGGAGAUGUCUCUCAAAGUGGAUCAGGGAUUCCUCAAUAACGUCAUAGAUCUGUUCACAUCAAACCAGCAAGUGUCCAGGGAUCAAGAGCGUGAGAUGUUGGAGGAGGAUGUUAAGACAGUUUACACAGAACUACUGGAGGAGGCGGGGCUCUCACUAGCCGAGGAACAGAAGAAUUUCUACGACUACCUCCACUUCUCUCCAAUCAAGAUACACCUGAGCUUUUCCCUACAAGGAGGGGGAGGGGGAGAUGGUAAGGGUGUACAUCUCCACGCCAACAUCAUUAACGUCUUCCUUCAGAGUGUGGGCGUCGUCCUCACAGAUGUCCAAGAUGUUGUGUUCAAGUUGGGUUACUUCCAGAGAGACAACAGUUUCUAUAACCAGACCCAACUGACAUCGGAGAUGGGGCGACAUUACGCUGGUCAGGCGGUCAAACAGCUUUACGUCCUGGUCCUCGGGCUCGACGUGCUCGGUAAUCCGUUCGGACUCAUCCGCGGAAUGGCGGAGGGAAUGGAGGACCUCUUCUACGAACCGUACCAAGGAGCCAUACAGGGCCCAGAGGAGUUUGCUGAGGGAUUGGCCUUGGGGGUGAGGAGUCUCCUGGGUCAUGCUGUAGGUGGCGCUGCCGGAGCUGUGUCCCGGAUCACGGGGACAAUCGGUAAAGGACUGGCAGCCUUGACCUUUGAUGAUGAAUACCAGAAGAAGAGGAGAGAGGGACUCAAUAAAAAGCCGGCCAACAUCGGGGAGGGGUUCGCCCGAGGGGGAAAGGGACUGGUCAUGGGAGUAUUUGACGGAGUUACAGGUAUUGUUAGAAAACCAAUAGAGGGUGCUCAAAAAGAGGGAGUGGAAGGAUUUUUCAAAGGUAUUGGUAAGGGUUUGGUGGGAGUGGUAACACGACCGACUAGUGGUGUGAUAGAUUUCGCCAGCAGCUCAUUUGAAGGAAUCAAAAGGUAA